CUGUUAUAAUUCCAUGCUUCGAUUCCAUUUCCCAGUAAGGAAUACUUAUAAAAGAGGGAACAUAUAGAGAGAGGAGUUUCCUCUUUCCAGAACGAAAAAAAGAAAAAGAAAUAAAUAUGUCUUUGGUGGACUAUGCAUCCUCCGACGAAGAAGAAGAGCUUAAAGAAGAUAAACAACUUCCCAAAGCGGAGGAACCCACCCCUCCUCCACCCCCUUUACAUCCAUUACCUACCAGAAACCAGAAUCCCCAUCUUCCUCAGCCGCAAAACCAGGGGACAAGUUCGUCAUUAAAUAAAGAAGCAUUACACUUGUCAAGCUCAUCAGAGUCCUCUGGAUUGAAACUCCCCGAUGCAUCACUUCUCUUGAAUUCACCCUCCAUGCCAGUUGGACACUUUACUGAUCAUUCUUCCCGAGUUGCAGCAGCCAUGGCUGAAAAUGAAUCACGGAAGCGGGAUACAAAUGUAUCCGCAUCCACUUAUCCACGCAGUAAGAUUCCUAAAGGUACUUUGCCUCACAUGAAGAAUAUCCCUGAAACAGGAAGUGGUCUUCUGGUCCCACCUCAACUUGCUGGAAGGAGCAAUGUUGUUACAGAAGACAUCAGCAAGCUGUUUGUGAAGAAGACCCCGUCUUAGUUGCACGCACCAGUUACAGAAAUCUCUGUUGGCCUGACUGUAGUUUUAUUUCAGUAGAUUCUAUAGCAGAUUCUCAAAAGAUAUUAACCGCAUUGUUCUAAGAUAUUAUAUUGAUACUUGAUGAUUGUAUUGACUACCAGCAGUUUUGGUGAGUUUGAAGUGAUCAACUGCUUUCUGUACAUAAUUUUUGCAACCAUAUAUUCUUAGUGUGUUGAUUGGUUCUCAAAAUGUGUACUUGCAAGGCAUCAACAUUUUAUUGAAUUGAAUAAUUGCCAGUUCACAGCUG